AUGACAACGAACGUAGAUGCUGCGGCGGCGACGGACGCAUUAGCCGUCGGCGUUCCAGCCCACGUCCCCGCGACGAUCCCCGGCGGCGAUCCCGAAAAGACUGUGGUUCUGGACCGUAUAGAGACGUCGAGUUUGGAUUCUGCGCCGCUAUCGUCUCCUUCCGACUUCCCGGAUGGGGGCAUAGAGGCCUGGACAGUCGUCUUUGGGGCCUGGUUGGCCUUGUUUUGCACAUUUGGCCUCAUUACUUGCGUCGGCCUGUUCCUGGAGUAUUACGUGGAGGGACCGUUGGCGAGCUAUGGACCGAGUACUGUAAGCUGGAUUGUCAGCGCCCAGAUUUUCGUCCAAGGUGGCGGCACGGCAAUAUGGGGUAGGAUCUUUGAUUCAUAUGGCCCUCGCUGGCUUCUAUGGGUCGGCACGCCAGUGUACUGUCUUGGCAUCAUGAUGACCUCGCUCUCGACCAAGUACUACCAAAUCUUCCUCAGCCAGGCCGUCCUCAGCGCUUUAGGGUCAGGCGCUGUCUUCAACGCCGGCCUCUCAUCCACGGCGACUUGGUUCCUGAAGAAGCGAGGCGCGGCGUUUGGCAUCCUCAACUCAGGCUCCUCUGUCGGCGGUGUCGUGCUGCCCAUCAUGAUCGACCGCCUGUUCAAGUCCAUCGGCUUCGCGUGGACCCUCCGCGUGCUCGGGUUUCUGCUGCUGGCGCUGUGUGCCAUUGCCUGCAUCACCGUCAAGUCUCGCCUACCCGCAAACCCGCGACCGCUCGUGCUUGCCGACUACACCAAGCCGUUUACGGAGAUGCCGAUGCUCAUGACCAUGCUCGGAGGCUUCCUCUUCUUUUGGGGCAUGUAUCUCCCCAUGAAUUACAUCAUUAUCCAGGCCAAAGCGACGGGAAUCUCGACUUCCAUAACACCGUACCUCCUCCCCAUCAUCAACGCCGUGAGCAUCAUCGGUCGCAUCCUCCCCGGCUUUGCCGCCGACCGGUUCGGCCGGUAUAAUUGCAUAAUUAUCAUCACUGCCCUAUCCGGGAUAGCGACGCUGGCUCUGUGGAUCCCGAGCGGCGGGAACAUGGGCGCUAUCAUUGCCUACGCAGUUCUCUUUGGCUUCGCCUCAGGCGGCCUAACUAAAGCCACGAUUUUGAGGAUCCAGCUCGCACCCUACCUCUUCCGUCUUCAACAGACCUUUCAGAAUUACUCUUGGGACGACGACCACGGUCCCCCGACUGAAGAAAACAAGGUAGCCGUGAAGAACGCGUUUAGUCACUUGGAGGAAGACUUGGCGAAGGACGGACCCUUUGACGGUGUUUUGGGCUUCUCGCAAGGCGCAUCAUGCACGUCGGCUUUUCUGCUACAGCUAGCAAGGGCGGGAGCCGCCACGGUUCCUUUCCGAUUCGCGAUUCUGUUUUCGACCUCGGGCAUACCGGAAUGGGACGUUGAGGACCAAGAGUCUGUCAAGAUUAAAAUCCCUACACUUCAUGUCUGUGGCGAGGCCGACUCCGAGUGGUUUGAAGACGCGAAGGCCGUGACGACACGGUGCGCGGACGGCACUGCGGAGCUCAUUACGCACACGGGCGGGCAUGUCGUGCCGAAGGAUCGGCCAACGGUAGACAAGGUUAUCCAGGGGAUUAGACGACUCGUUGAACGCUCCCGAUGA